CUCGAUUUAAAAUUCUGAAAUUACAUUUUUAAAUCAGUCAUACUUGAACUUGUCGACAUACUACUUUGUACUAUAACGCCUCCACGUGGUUGAACGUCGAACAAAUAUGGAGAUGUAUUGCUAUACAUUCAAGUUCUCGGUAGUACAGUUUUGGAAGCGAUUUAACAAGAAUGAGCAAUGCUAAUAUAGGAAUGAAGGUGCAGGAAAAUAAUUUAUCAAACAUACGGCACAGAAAGUCAGAAAAAAAGUUUUGUGGAAACGAAAUGGUGGGAUUAGAUAGUGAUGAAUCACUUCGGUCAAAUAUUUAUGAUAUUAUCAUGGAAGUGGAAAUGAAAACAGACGAAGAAACGGAAAGCGAUGGAGAAACUACACAACGACUUAUACCAUCGCCUAUCAGUCAUCAAUGUAUUAAUGAUGAUACAAAAAAAAUAGUUACUCGAAGCAGUCAAUUUAAGCAAUUUGAGGAUGAAAAUGUUUGCUCUAUGUCUAUACAAAUGUUUGUGCCUUUUUUGUUAGCUGGAUUCGGUAUGGUGGCUGCCAGUAUGUUGCUAGACGUUUUACAGCAUUGGCCUGUAUAUAAAACCAUAUCCGAGGUGUAUAUAUUGGUGCCAGCACUGCUCGGCUUAAAAGGAAACUUGGAGAUGACAUUAGCCUCUAGAUUUUCAACUCAUGCAAAUCUUGGACACAUGAAUACAAGGAAACAGAAAUGGACUUUAAUCAUUGGAAAUCUUGCUUUAAUACAGUGUCAAGCAACCGUAGUAGGUUUACUAGCUUCUCUAGCCGCUAUCAUACUUGGUUGGAUUCCAGAAGCACAAUUUGAUAUUUGUCAUGUGCUUUUAUUAUGCGCUAGUGCCUUAGUUACUGCAUCAGUAGCAAGUUUUUUAUUGAGCUUGGUAAUGGUUGCAGUUAUAUUAUUGUCCAAACAGAUAAACAUCGAUCCAGAUAAUAUAGCUACACCAAUAGCAGCUUCUCUCGGUGAUUUAACCACUUUGAUGCUUCUUUCGGGAAUAGCAUCCCUUCUUUUUGAAGCAGCAGAUUAUGCAUCUUGGAUAGCACCUCUGUUGAUAACAUUUCAUAUCAUUGUCACACCAGUUUGGUAUUAUAUUGCAGCUAAGAAUCAUUUUACCAAGGAGAUAUUAAAUUAUGGUUGGACACCUGUAAUAUGUGCAAUGUUAAUUAGCAGUAUGGGUGGUUUAAUACUAGAUUAUACGGUAUCCAAUUACAAAGGUAUAGCAGUAUUUCAACUGGUAAUAAAUGGCGUUGGCGGUAAUUUGGCCGCUGUCCAAGCUAGUAGAAUAUCAACGUCUUUGCAUAAAGAUCACCGAGCUAAUAGUCAAGAAAUACCCGCUAUUCGUUUCAACCCAUUCUACAUUUUUUGUACAAAAGGUGGACACGCAAGGACUGCGAGAGUUUUACUAACAAUGGUGAUACCUGGUCAUUUAAUAUUUGGCUAUACCAUCAGUUACCUUCAGGCCGGUCAUACUUCCUUCACACCUAUAUUUCUUAUCGUUUAUUUGACCGCAGCUGUAAUACAGGUAAUAUUAUUAUUAUACAUCACGCAAUUAAUGGUUGUAUGGAUGUGGAUACGAGGAAUGGAUCCAGAUAGCUCUGCAAUACCAUAUUUAACUGCAGCAGGUGAUUUGUUGGGAACAGCAUUAUUAGGAAUCGCGUUUCACUUUCUUUAUGCUAUUGGAGAUGGAGAUUCUGACGUCGGAGACUGAAUGAACUUUUAAUUUGAGG